UACAGACCUCCCGCGGCCGCCCUUGCAGACAUGCUGAGGAGCGCCCUGCUGUGCGCGGCGCUGGGGCUCCUGCGCGCCCAGCCUUUCCCGUGUCCCCCCGCCUGCAAGUGUGUGUUCCGGGACGCCGCGCAGUGCUCUGGGGGCGACGUGGCGCGCAUCGCCGAGCUCGGCCUGCCGGUCAACCUCACGCACAUCCUGCUCUUCCGAAUGGGCCGCGGCACCUUACAGAGUCACAGCUUCAGUGGCAUGACGGUUCUGCAGCGCCUGAUGCUGUCGGACAGCCACAUUUCCGCCAUUGCCCCCGGCACCUUCGACGACCUGAUAAAACUGAAAACCCUGAGGCUAUCGCGCAACAAGAUCACUCAUCUUCCAGGCGCGCUGUUGGAUAAGCUGGCACUCCUGGAACAGCUGUUUCUGGACCGCAACGAACUAAAGGACAUUGACCAAAACAUGUUUCAGAAACUGGUUAACUUGCAGGAGCUCUUUCUGAACCAAAAUCAACUCGCUCUCCUUCCUGCUCGCCUCUUCACAAAUCUGGGGAACCUGAAAGUGUUGGAUUUGUCGGGAAAUAACUUGACCCAUCUGCCCCAGGGGUUGCUUGGGACACAGGCUAAGCUGGAGAAACUCGUGCUGCACUCGAACCAGCUCGUCUCUCUGGACUCGGGGCUGUUGAGUAGCCUGCGUGCCCUGAGGGAGCUGCAGCUGGACAGAAACCACAUCCGCUCCAUCGCCCCGGGGGCCUUCGACCAGCUCCGGAGCCUGAGCUCUUUGACUCUUUCCAGAAACCACCUGGAGUUUCUGCCCUCCGCACUCUUUCUUUAUUCGCACAAUUUGACACUCCUGACCCUGUUCGAGAACCCGCUGGAGGAGCUCCCGAAGGUGCUCUUCGGGGAGCUGGCCGGCCUGCACGAGCUGUGGCUGAACGGCACCCGGCUGCGCACCCUGCCCGCCGCCGCCUUCCGCAACCUGAGCCGCCUGCGGGCGUUGGGGGUGACCGUGAGCCCGCGUCUGAGCGCGCUCCCUGAGGACGCCUUCCGGGGCCUGGGCGAGCUGCGGGAGCUCGCCCUGCACUCCAACGGCCUGGCCGCGCUCCCCGGCGGCUUGCUGCACGGCCUCGGCCGCCUGCGCCGCGUGUCGUUGCGCCACAACCGGGCCCGGGCUCGGCUCGUUGCCGACGGCAGACGCCAAGACCACAGCGUCUUCUGGGGUCUUUAUUUCCUGCUUUUAGCUGCUCAGGCCGUAAUAACGGGGGUCAUUGUGUUUGCUAUGAUUAAACUUGGCGGGCUCUUUCGAAAAUUCAUCAGCGAGCGAGAGCGUGAGGGUACUUUUGGUUGAGUCAGUGGGAUCACCUCCCCCACGAAUUGAAGCGUGGCCAGAGUACGGUCAGAGGUGGGAUUCUCCCAGGAGAAUCCCGACGGGCUGCUGCCGGCUUCCUCUCCCCUCUCCCUCCGCUCCUCUCCUGCCUCCUUCCCUCCCAUCUCCCUCCUCUGUCCCUCUGGUCAGAAGGCAUCUUUACAUUUCUGAAGUGUGCGUGUCUGCCCUUACCGGAUGGAUUGUUCUCUUUAUCUACUUCUGAAAAGCAGAACUCUUCCAGUUCUUUCCCUUGUCCUCUGUCUUCUCGCUGUAUGUGUCACCCGUGGGCUGUUUGGGAAAAGGCUGGGUAUCCUUAUUUUCAGAGGAGGCCUCCCCUGUGAUAGGCUGAGAAAUAAAGAACACAAAACCUUCCCUCCAGGAGCUCAGCCCCCAGGGACUGAAGCCACUAAGGUCGGUGGUCAGGCUGAGGAGCAGGAGGAGACAGCAGGAGGAGGGGACUGGAGCAGAGGUUUCUGGGAGGCGGGGAGCUCACCAGAAGGUCUAAGUGCUUGGGAGUCGGGGUCCUGGAUCUGCCCCCCCACCUCCGUCCCUCUCUGCCCCCAGUGACCAGCGCUCUGCCCACCUGUUUGCACUCUGUUUCUCCUUGCUUCCCACAGGGGUGAAGUGUGUCAUUGUGGCACUGGGUUGGUUUCCAUUUCCUGGCACUAAAUGCUACCUCAUUUCACAAGCAUUUAUGGAACACCUAACAUGUGACGGAUGUUCAUGAAUGUAAUGAUAAGCUUGGUUUCUAGUUUAUUAUGGUGGCAUCACGUUCUCAAUUAGUCUUCCAGCUGACGGCCAUAAAGCUCUUGUUGCUUUAAUUGGAUGUCUGUGCUGGUGACAAGCAGUGGUUUAAACAUGGGCUGGGGGAGUGGACAGUCGCGGUGUCCAAUCCCAGUUCCACCAACUGCAUGGGGCUUUGGGCAGGACACUACACUCCCUUAGCCUCCGUGUCCUGAUGCCUGGGGAGGGAUAAAUAGCACCUGCCCCACAGAGUUUUUGUGAGAAUUAAGGGCAAUAAAGCAUGUGCCGACUUCACCCAGUGCCCUGCAAAGAGGCAAUGCUCAAUAAAUGUUACCUCUUAUUAUUAAAGAGCAGGCAAUUAUUACUGCUGUCAUGAUUGCUGAAGAACUUUGAGUUGGUUUCUUCUCUGUGCCUUUAAAGGUGAGAGCAAACUUUCUCAGAUGGAAGAUUACAUUAAAUCACUUUGUCUUCACCUGGGUCGGUCUCGGCCCUGAGGAGUCAGGCUCUGUGCUCACAGUAUGAAACAGUGGAUCCUCUGAACACCACCAACCAAAAGGAAGGAGGGGCUGAGUUCCUGGCAUUUGUAGGUGUACUUUUCUUUCAAGGCCAAGUUCAACUAGUAAAGCCUUCCAUGACUGCCCAGGCAGACUCAAGUGUUCCCUGCUAUGUUGUGUCCACCUCCCGGGCUACCAGGCACUAAAUCACCCUCCACUCCCCUGUCCGGUCCUGCUCACCCUUCACUCUAGGGGGAGGGUGUUUAUGUGCCCCCUGCACUGUAGGCUCCUCGGCCCGACCUUGGCUUAUUUAUUUCCACUGCUCCAAAAUUUGAAACUUACCUAAAGCAUGAAACCCCGACUUUUUGAUGGAAUGUGGACUCUAGCCCUGACCACUGUGUUCUUGAGCAAGCUGCCCAGCUCUCAAAGCCUCUGUUUCCUCACCUGGAGAGUGAGGAUAUUGGUGGCCCACACCAUUGUUGCGAGGAUGAAGUGAGAUGACCUAAGCCAGACAGCAAAGCCGGUGGCUGGUGCCUGGUGCGUAUGGGGCUCAACAGAAGUUGGCCAUCCUUAUGAUUAGCUCUUUCAGAAGACAGUGUUCUCUCGUGCCUCAGUGCCUUUGCAUAUGUUCCUUCACUCAGAGCUAUUUGUGGAGCACCUCCUCUGUACCAGGAGCCCUUCUAGGUGCAGGGAGAGAGCAAAGCAUAGAGCAGAGUACCGGCUUUACAUUCUGGUGUCCCCCUCCAAUGAAAACAUCUUCAAACAUUCAGAAGAGUAAGGGGAGCGACUCCGGGUACCUCAACCAGCCAGGCUGCUGUAUUUGCUUUAGAUAUUUUCUUUUUAACACAAUAAAAUAUGACAAAGUUGCAAGCGCCUGCCUAUAUAUCUACUCUGUGCUUCUUCCUCUACCCUCCAUAGCGGUGAGCUACUUCGUACAGUUGGUGUUUCACAUUCUUAGUGGUGUUUUUACUUACUCCACGUGCCUACAACCUGGA